CAAAUAUCGAAGUGUUGAGAUGACAACGGGAAUUCUAACUCCGUUUGGCAAUCAAUGUUCCAUAAAUAGUGUGGGAGCGGUAAAUACUUUGCUUUCGAUAUUGGUGGAAUCCAUUUUGACAAGGCAAUGUGGUUUGGAAAAUGAGCAGAACUAUCCGCCAGACUAUGCUCAAGAAGUUGUCAAGCAGAGAAGUGUGGAGAGCUAUGAUUUUGUGGUAAUUGGAGCUGGGACGGCGGGAUCGGUGUUGGCCAGUCGUUUAAGUGAGAAACCCAAUUGGAGGAUAUUGGUAUUGGAGGCAGGUGGAGAUCCGCCACAGGAGUCAGAGGUCCCAAAUAUUUUCCCCAGUCUCCAGCACAGCAAUUAUACGUUUAAUUACUUUGUGGAACCCAAUGAGCGAGCCUGUAAGGGCUAUAAAAAUGAGCGCUGCUAUUGGCCGCGAGGCAAAAUGAUUGGCGGUUCGGGGGCAAUAAAUGCCCUAAUGUAUAUUCGAGGCAAUCGCUGGGACUACAAUAGCUGGUUGGAAUUGGGCAAUACGGGAUGGGGUUUCGAGGAUGUCUGGCCUUAUUUCAAAAAAUCCGUUAGGCCUCAAGGCAGUGACGACUUUCCUCUAGGCUAUGUGGAUGUUGGUGAAUUCCGAAUGUAUGAUGAAGAUAUUUUGCAAUUGAUCUACCAGGGAGCCCAGGAAAUGGGUCAAGAGAUACUCAAACGAUUUAGCCACGAUCAUGUGCUGGGAUAUUCCAGGAUGUGGGGUUUUGUGAAGAAUGGUCAACGUACCACCUCAGGCAAGGGGCAUUUGGGUCGAGUUGCCUCGCAAAGACCCAAUUUGAGGGUCAUAAAAAAUGCCCAGGUUUCGAAAAUCAACUUUGAUCCACACGGUAGGAGAGUUACCUCAGUGGAUUUUGUUCUGCAGGACAACAUGAAAAUGUCAGCCAGGGUGGCUAAGGAGGCCAUAUUAUCUGCCGGGUCCAUUGAUACCCCCAAGCUUCUUAUGCUCUCCGGCAUUGGACCCCAAGAUGUCUUGAGGCCCCUAAAUAUUCCCUUGAUCCAAGAUUUGAAUGUGGGCGAAAAUCUCCAAGAUCAUGCAGUGGCAUGUGUAUUCAUCAAACUAGAUGGUGAGCCGGUGGAUCGAAAUUUCCUCACCGAUUCCAUGUACCAAUAUCUGGUGCACAAACAAGGACCCCUGAGUACCAUUGGCGUGAUGAGCAUUAAUGGCUUUGUAAAACUAAACAGCAGCUCUUCUGAUGACAAUGCCAUUCCAGAUAUACAAAUCAUCCACGCCAUUGCCAGGAUAGGUGAUGUGGGCACCCUAAAUACCUUCCUGGUGGGUCAGAGUAUCAGAGACGAUCUAAGGCGUUAUUUGUUGGGAGUCCAGCAGCACCAACAUGUUAUGGUGGUUUUUAUUUUGCUCUCCAAACCCAAAUCUAGGGGAAAUAUAAAAUUAAAAUCCUCAUCUUACCUAGAUCCUCCCAUAAUAAAUGCCAAUUACUUUGAGGAACCCGAAGACUCUGCCACUUUAAUUCAAGGCCUUGAAUAUAUAACCAAUUUUGUCAACACCACCCCAUUCCAGAGGAAAAAUGCCGAUAUUAUCCAACUGCCUUUGGAGGAAUGCAAUCGUUUGGAAUUCAAAUCCCCCGACUAUUGGAAAUGUUAUUUGAAAUAUAUGUCCACAACCUGCUAUCAUCCGGUGGGUACGGCAAAAAUGGGACCAGAAAAUGAUCAGCAAGCCGUUGUUAGUCCAAGGCUUAAAGUUAGGGGCGUAGACAAUCUGCGUGUUGUAGAUGCCUCCAUUAUGCCUCUACUCACCAGUGUCAAUACGAAUGGGCCCACCCUUAUGAUUGGCGAAAAGGCGGCCGAUCUCAUCAAAGAAGAGUGCCUUAAACUAAUGGAAAAUUUUAUUGCCAUGGACUACCUAUCGACGGAAUGUGCUGCCCGCUCAGCUGGGCCGGCAAACACGCUGAUGACCCUGCUCUUGCAGACUUUAAUUUCGAAAUUCUGCUCAUUAAGUGAUCGUUCGCAUUGGCCCAAGGAUUAUGGGGAUGAUAUUAUGAAAAAUGGUAUAAAGGACUAUGAUUUUGUGGUUGUGGGCUCUGGAUCGGCUGGCUCGGUGGUGGCUGGCCGCUUAAGUGAAAAUCCCAAAUGGAAUGUUUUACUGCUGGAAGCGGGCGGUGAUCCACCAAUCGAAACAGAGUUCGUUGGCUGGCACAUGUCCACCCAAUUCUCGGACUGGGACUGGCAAUACCACACGGAACCAAAUGGCAAGGCUUGCAUGGCCAUGGAGGGCGAGAGUUGUCAUUGGCCUCGUGGCAAAAUGUUGGGUGGAACAAACUGCAUGAAUGCCAUGAUUUAUGCCCGAGGCACUCGGGCCGAUUUUGAUGAUUGGCGUGAUCGCGGCAAUCCAACCUGGGGCUAUGAUGAUGUGUUGCCCUACUUCCGUAAAGCUGAGGAUUUACGUUCAACGCGAGGAGAUUAUAAGCCUGGUGAUCAUGGCGUGGGGGGACCCAUGAUCAUCAAUAACUAUGUGUCGGAUAAUGAGUUCCGGGAAACGAUAAAGGCGGGUAUGGGCGAAAUGGGUUAUGGUACGGCUGCUGAUUUCACCGAAGGUUCCUGGGUGGGUCAAAUCGAUAUUUUGGGUACCCAACAUGAGGGCAGACGUAUAACAACGGCAAAAUCGCAUUUGGACAAGAAUAGUUCGAAUUUACAUGUGGUACGUUAUGCCCAGGUGAAGAAGGUGAAUUUCGACAAGAAAAUGCGGGCCACAGGCGUGACAUUUGUGCUGCAGGGUAAAAAGGAGUUUACGGUUAAUGCCAAGAAGGAGGUGAUCUUGGCGGGUGGAGCUCUUGGCACGCCGCAAAUGUUGAUGUUGUCGGGUGUGGGCCCUGCUGCCCAUUUGAAGUCUUUGGGCAUCCCUGUGCUCUUGGACCUGCCGGUGGGCCAAAAUCUCAAGGAUCAUGCCAGUUUGCCGGUGGUUUUCCAAAUCGACAAGUCCACGGCCCGCAAACCCACCGAAGAGGAACUGGUAGAUGCCAUGUAUAAUCUGAUCAUGGGGAGGUACAGUAAACUACUGCACCAUGAGGCCACUGCCUUGACAGGAUUUAUUAACACAACUUCACUGACGGGUCCCAAUCCGGACAUACAAACCACCAACUUCUUUAGUUUAAUGCAAUCGCCUGAGCUCAAGGGUUAUAUCAAGGCCACAGGUUUUAAUAAACAGGUUGCCGAGUCCAUUCUCAAGGCCAAUGAGAACACCAAUACCUACAUCACCUAUCUGCUGCAUUUGAAACCCUUCUCCAAAGGCCACAUUGCCCUUAGGAGCUCCAAUUACUUGGAUGCACCCUUGAUUCAUGCAAAUUACAUGUCCGAUCAACGUGAUGUGGAUACCUAUAUUCGGGCCCUUAACAUCUAUUCCAAAUUGCCCGACACGAAGGCCUUCAAGGAGCGUGAGACAGCCUUGUAUAAAAUCGAUUUACCGGCCUGUAAUUCAUUGACCUAUCAAUCAGAUGACUACUGGCGUUGUUAUAUACGCCACAUGACCACAACGGUGUAUCAUCCGGUGGGCACCACGAAAAUGGGACCAUCUUCCGAUCCCACGACCGUGGUGGAUUGGCGUCUGCGGGUACAUGGCACCAAGGGCCUGCGUGUGGUGGAUGCCAGUAUUAUGCCCGAUAUUGUGGCGGCCAACACCAAUGCAGCCAUCAUAAUGAUUGGCGAGAAGGGGGCCGAUAUGAUCAAGGAGGAUUGGCAAGAGGGCAGCGAGGCUCAUCAGGAGUUGUAAGAAAAUCGCGCGUGUGGGUGUGUCUGCAUAUAUGUAUCUGUUUUUGUAAAUAAUAUUAAUUUUAGAAUUUUAUUUUAGAGUUACUUAACGAAGUAAUGAAUAAAAAACUGUAACGAAAAAUAUAUUUUUUAAGUUUGCCUAAAAGUA